CACUUUAGUGUGUGCUAAUGUGUGAAGAGCAUUUUUUAGCGUGCACUUAGCAACCUGUCUCUCGUAGUUUCUUAUACGAGUAACUUCACCGCUCACCGCUCUCUCUCUCUCUCUCUCUCUCUCUCUCUGUGGAAGAACCACAAAAUACUGUGAACGCAACGAUGGCGGCAUGGACAGCUGCGGCUCGUCAAGCUUCGAACCUUUCUCGACUGUCCUCUCCCAAAUCGCUGGUGUCAGGUAGUCAAGCGGCCAACCUAAUCCAGCGGCGCGGCCUCGCCGGUGGCGGUGAUCAUCACGGACCUCCAAAGGUGAAUUUUUGGGAGGACCCAUUGAGCCCAUCUAAAUGGAAAGAAGAGCAUUUUGUCAUAGUCUCUCUAGCUGGCUGGGGCACUCUUUUCUAUGGGGGUUACAAGUUCUUCACAAAGGGAAAGAAAGAAGAUAAGGAAGAGAAAGUUGGAGAAGGAUCAAAGUAGGUUCGAAGUCGUCUCAUAGACUAACUUCAAAUAAAGUGAUUCACUUGGGCUUGAGUCUCUGCAAUGAGUUUGUUCUUAUUAGUCGUUAGACACUCCUGUUUCGAAGGUCUUGUACAUGAAACUCUUCGAGAGUAACAGUUGAUGUUAAAGACUUUUUUGCUUCGACUUA